AUUAUGUUGUCAGUGUUCAUCCAUGUUCUGAUACCUUUGCUAGAGCGUUUGGCAUGGAAACAAUAAUGAGUUGGAAAUUAUAGGUCAAAUACAUUGUGUGGUAUUCCUCUGUCGUGUAUUAUCGCAGCUACGAAACGAACUAGUAUGAAGGUGUUGCUCAUUGGAGGUAUUUGAAUAACAAUAGGAAACAGUGAAAACGUAUUUGCUCAAGUGGAAAGAUCGUUUUUGCUUUCGUAUUAUUUCUGCGAUCAAAAUGCAAUGCGUUUGCUGCAAUGAAAAACGUAGGUUGUGCAGAAAAUAAAUUUUUAAAUGAUCACUUGCCAGAUGUAGCAGCACGCCAGUACUGGACCUAAAUCGAAUUAACUAGAUUGCGAAAAAUUGCUAUCUGCCAAUCUGUGUGGAGUUUGACUGGAUAAUUACCCACUUUUGAAAAAAAGAAUACACGUCACGAAAGCUAAAGUGUAGGAGAAAGAAGCAGAGCAAUGACGCCUAUUCAUAUGGAUCAUCAUUUUUAGUUCCUACCCAAUAACCGAAACGGGAAUAGUGUCAAAGUUUUAUACGAUUACGCUGGAGGUAGUUUUAAGGGAAUAUAAACAUGAUUCUUCGACAGUUGACCGGAUUAAAUAAUUGGGUACGUGUAUUGGCUGGCUUCAUUGCAGUGUGGGUGAUUCUUGUAGUAAUUUUCUACUCGAAGCUAAAUACUAGCAGUGGUGGUGAUAAUGAUAAUACCGAGCGAAGGCUAAACCAGGCGCUAGCUUAUCUAGAAAAAUCCAAACAAGUUGAUCAGGAGCUGCGUAAUUUGAUUGACGAAUACCUCAGUGAUACAUCGUACAAUCGGAAGCAAAAGUUUAUAGAUGAACUUGGCAAUAAGCUUCAAAUUCAGGGAGCUGGUGCCGGUCGCUUUAAAGGUGUGUCACUGGAAUAUGAAAAUAUGAGAAGAAGAGUGGCUAGCAACACAGAAGAACUGUGGAACUAUUUACAUUCCGAAGUCGUUAAGGUUGCCAAAAUUGCACGGCGUAACUCACCAGAAGUGGCAGCGCCAUUAGAGAACUUCCUGUCGCUCGCGAGGGAACACAAAAAUUCUUUGCUGAACGAUAUCAAUCAGAUGCGUGCCAGUGACGGCUACGAGUUUUGGCGUAUCAAAGAAGCCAAGGAUUUGAGUGACUUGGUUCAGAAGCGACUGACUUACCUACAAAGUCCGGAAGAUUGCAGUUCAGCUCGUAAGUUGGUUUGUCGGCUUAACAAAGGCUGUGGUUACGGGUGUCAGUUGCAUCAUGUUGUAUAUUGUUUUAUUAUGGCCUAUGCCACCGAACGAACGUUGAUUCUCAAAUCAAAAGGCUGGCGUUAUCACAAAGCUGGUUGGGAAGAAGUUUUCCAACCCAUUUCAGAUACCUGCCUCGAUGCUAAUGGAGCCAGUCAUGGAAGCUGGCCCGGAACCUCAGAAACCCAGGUUCUAACAGUUCCGAUAAUCGAUUCCUUGAAUCCACGUCCUCCCUAUCUACCAUUGGCGAUUCCAGCCGAUUUGGCACCACGCAUGAUAAAAUUGCACGGUGAUCCGAUAGUCUGGUGGAUUGGGCAGUUUCUGAAGUAUCUGUUAAAGCCGACCGGAGAGACGCGUCAAAUGCUAGAAAAUGGAAUUGAGAAGCUUGGUUUCCGCAAACCGAUUGUUGGAAUUCACGUCAGACGUACGGACAAGGUGGGAACGGAAGCGGCUUUCCAUGGAAUUGAAGAGUACAUGAUAGCAGUUGACGAUUAUUACGAUCAGUUGGAAAUGGUAGAAGCGGUUGAUAAGCGGAGGGUGUUUGUCGCCAGUGAUGAUCCGAAGGUUAUUGAUGAGGCCAAAUCUAAAUAUCCUCACUAUGAGGUUAUUGGUGACCCGGACGUAGCAAAGGUGGCGGCAGUGUCAACCCGAUACACCGAUUCGUCGCUGAACGGCAUUAUUCUGGAUAUCCAUCUGCUCUCGUUGAGUGACUAUCUUGUGUGCACUUUUAGUUCGCAGGUGUGCCGUGUGGCGUAUGAAAUCAUGCAGAGCAUGUACCCGGACGCUUCCCGGCGGUUUAAAUCGCUGGACGACAUCUACUACUAUGGUGGUCAGAAUGCUCACAACCGGGAAUCCGUACUGGCCCAUAAUCCGAAGAAUCAUGAUGAGAUACAUCUGCGCAAAGGUGACCUGGUUGGCGUCGCAGGCAAUCACUGGAAUGGAUUCUCCAAGGGUAAGAAUGUACGAACCAGUCAGGUGGGGUUGUUCCCAUCGUUUAAAGUUAACGACAAAAUUGAGGUAGUGGACUUGCCGACAUACCCCAACGUAAAGUAAAACGGAACUACUUCAUUAGAAUUUCUAGGACUCAUUCAUUCGUGUGAACUCCACUGGGAUGUGAUAGACAGAGAAACGUUGGCAUUUAAAGCAUUACGUACCGAACAACUCAAUUUGAAAAAAAAGUUUAACAUUCGUGUGUAUGUUAGUAACAGAGCAAAACAUCAGGCAGAUAAAUACAACAAACAUAGAUUUAAUGAAUUUUAAGAAAGAUGAUAGUGAAAGAAAUUUGUGUGGUGAACACGAACUUGGAAACGACCUACCAACUAAUUAAGCAUUAAUUUAUACAAACCAACAAAAACGUGCAGUAAAGCAAUUACCAGUAUAAAAUCA